AUGUCUAUUGAAAAUGAGAUCGUUGGAGAUCAGAUACCAUUGUCAUUCAAUGACAAUACUCGACAUUUAAACUGGACAGUAAUUGUAAUCACAGCACCAAAUCAAGAAAGUGCUUAUGCAUUUGAUUUUAUUCUUCAACAACGACAACGUUAUGGAUUAAUCGAUAAAUCAACUAUAAUACUCACUCUUAAUGAUCCACAAGAAAAACUCGGUAGUGGUGGAGCAACAUUAAAUGCACUCUUAGUUGCUACAGAAAUUCUGAGUGCUAAGGCUGGUUACUCUCUUAUCAAUACAAAUGUCUUACAUUGCGCACAUAUAUUAAUUCUUCAUACAGGUCGUAUAUUUCCAUAUGAUGCGUGUCAUCGUUCAUUAGCAACAUUACCUGCUCGUUUUGGACCGAAUCAUCCAUGGCUUUUAACUAAUUUAGAUUUACUUCUACAUGAUUUUAAUAAUCUUAUUGCUUCAAGUCAAUUGCCAUAUGGUGUGUGGAUUAGUAGUACUGAUGCAUUUGUAACAUUACCGAAAAAUGGUAUUCAAGUUCCAUUUGAUAGUGAUAUUCAUGCAUUAGCAACACUAGAAGACGUUCAAUAUGCAACCGGACAUGGUGUUUACAUUAUUAAUAAAGAAAAAAAUAUUGUUACAAAUAUUUUAUAUCGUGCAUCUAUUGAUGAAUUGAAUAAAUAUGCAAACAAUGAUCACAAAGUGCCAACUAUUUGUAGUAUUGUUUUUUUUUCGGUUAAUUUUGCUGAAAAAUUAUUGAAUUUUCAUGCUAUUCCACCACUUGAUGGUUGUACUUAUGAAGGUAUCGAUAAUGGAUCACAACCAAAUAAAUUAUCACUCUAUUUUGAUUUUCUUCUUGCUGCUUGUAUUGAUGUUUCAUUUGAUGAAUAUUUAUCAUCACAUUAUCGAACUUAUACAAAUGAUUUAAUAAAACAAUCAGAAAUUUUUCUAUGGAAUCAAUUAAAUGGAAAAACAAAAUUUACAUGUGGAAUUCUUCCAAAUAGUUGUCAUUUUCAAUAUAUUGAUACACAAUGGCCUUAUUUACAUAAAAAUAAUAUUCAUUCACAACGUGAAGAUAUUCAAUGGUCAUCAAUUCAACAUUCAAUUAUUGAUAAAAAACAAAUACAAACACAAAAUUUAUCAAUUAUAAAUAGUAUUAUUGAUAAUGAAUGUAAUCUAGGUGAAAAUGUAACAAUACAUAAUUCUAUUGUUGGUAAUCAUGUUACAUUAGGAGAUAAUUGUUGUAUUCUAUCAGUUGAUUUUUCUAAAGAAGAUUUUUAUUUAAUGCUUCCAUCUGAUGUUAUUAUUCAACGUAUUAUAUUAUCAUUACAAAGAACAAAUGAAACAUCAAAUAAUCAAUUAGAUGUUUAUACAAUUAUUGGAAUUCAUGAUAAUAUUGAUCGAGGAUUUACAGAUGAAAAUUUUACUAUUUUAAAUAUGUCAUGGAAUAAAUUCAAAGAACAAACUGGUAUUGAUAUUUGGGAUUUAUGGCCAGAUUUACAGAAUAAUCCUGAGGAAAGAACGUUAGCUAAUGCUCAUCUUUAUCCAGCAUUACAUUUCGAUAAUAUUUCAUCAUUAAAUGAUGAUUUACUUUGGUUUUUUAAUCCAUCAAAUGAAUUACGACAACGAUGGAAAUCAUCAUGGCGUUUAUCACUUAAUGAUAUAUUAACUCGUGCUGAUCUUUAUAAAGAAAUAAUUCGUCGUCAAGAUUUAUUUCAUAAAAUAUCUCGACAAAAAAUUCUUGAUUUAUUAUUUCUUCAUGGAAGUAAACAAAAAACUGAUGAUUCAUAUUUAGCAUUAUUAAAACAAACUAUUGUUGAUGGAUAUAGUAAAGAUAUGCUUGAUGCAUUUGAUCGUGCAUGUUUAUCAAAUUAUAAUAAAUUACAAAUAUUAUCUUGUCUUUUUUCAGCUAUUGCUAAUACAUUAGCUGAAAUGGCUGGUGGAGAUCGUGCUGGUCUUCGUUCGGGACCAUAUCUUAAUCGUGAAUGGCAAUAUGCAUUAUUAAUGUUUGAAGAAGGAAAAUAUCUUUUAAGUAUUCAACAUUUAAUUAAACAAAGACAAUUAUGGAUGGAUAGAUCUGAUCUUUUAAUACGAGCUGCUCGGCAUUAUGAUGGUGCAACACAAACAUUGAUUAAACAAGGUGUAUUAACUUGUCGAUCGAAAUGUUCUAUUGAUAAUACUAAUAAAUCAAAUUUAUUACAUCCAAAACAUCAACAAGUUACAGUAGAAUGUCCUGUUCGUCUUGAUUUAUCUGGUGGAUGGACUGAUACACCUCCAAUUUGUUAUGAACAUGGUGGUAGUGUAUUAAAUGUUGCUAUUACAAUAAAUGGACAACGGCCUGUAGGUGCUCGUGCACGUCUUAUUGAAUCAACAACAUCAAUACCAUUUGUUACAUUUAUUCUCAAAGGUGAACAUGAAAAAGAUGAUAAAAUAUAUGAAUUACAUCAAUUAGUACAAUUUACAGAUUAUAAUCAGCCACAACGUCCUUGUGCAUUAUUAAAAACAUGUUGUAUUUUUACGGGUAUUAUUGAUAUAAAUGCAACACAAGAAAUGACAUUAAAUGAACAAUUAAAAAAGAAUUUAUCUGGUUAUAGUUUAAUACUUGAAGCUUGGUCAAAUGUACCUGUUGGUUCAGGUCUUGGAACAAGUUCAAUAUUAGCUGGAGCUAUUUUACUUGCAUUAUGGAAUCUUAUUGGUAUUGAAAAUAUUACAGAUAGUACGAUUAUUCAUGGUGUUUUGGUUGUUGAACAAAUGAUGACAACAGGUGGUGGUUGGCAAGAUCAAAUAGGUGGUUUAUUACCAGCAUUUAAGUUAGGAAAAUCUAAUGCUCAAUUACCACUUGAAGUUAAUUGGCGUCAACUUAAUGUUAAAGAUAAUAAUAAUACAAUAUUUUGGAAUGAUUUUGAUGAACGAUUAAUACUUGUUUAUACAGGUCAAACACGUUUAGCACGAAAUCUUUUACAAUGUGUUUUACGUAAUUGGUAUUCAGGUACGAUAAGUCAAUUAUUUGAUGAACUUGAAGAAAAUGCUAUACGAGCAGCUGAAGCUGUUGAACAAGGAAAUUUAUCGAAAUUGGGUGAAUGUAUGUCAAUAUAUUGGCAACAAAAAUUACGUGUUGCACCGGGUUCUGAACCAGAAAUAUGUCGUCGAUUAAUCGAUCUUUUAACGCCUUAUAUAUAUGGAAUUACAUUAGCAGGUGCUGGUGGUGGUGGAUUUCUUGCUGCUCUUGCUAAAACAACGGAUGAUGCUCGAAAAUGUCGAGAAUUAAUAAAUCAAGAAAACAUUCCAAAUGUAUCUCUUUUUUCGGCUCAAAUCGAUCGACAUGGACCAGUUAUUUCAUUUUCAUAA